CGCAGUGUUCCAGCUGGUUAUACUGAUUGUACUGUGUGUGUUGUUAAGUUCUCCGUUUUCUUAUGAUCGAAUCCAUGACUCGCAAAUCUCAAACAUUCUCCAAGAGAUUCGAAAGAUACUGUUUGAAAAAUAGUCUCUCGUAAUCCUCUUUCGCCUUGACAUUCCAUGGCUGCUAUAAAACAUAUUAAGUAAUAAUUCGCGUUGGUGUAAUUCUUAUCGAUAAGACUUAUCUCUAGAUUGGGUCGCGCGAACGUGACGUAAUCGUUGCGCGAAUAAAUCGACAAUCAACCGGCACAAUCCGGAUGCAAUGGUGUCAGCCGGAAGUCACGUGUAAUCCGCAGCUUUCGAAAAUGUACGAAAACUUGUUCAAGAGUCCGCUGCACCGCGUGUUCGUGUACGGCACGUUGAAACGAGGCGAGCCGAAUCACGGCCUCAUCAAGGACACCGCGAAUGGCUACGCCAAGUUCCUAGGCCUUGGUAAAACGACGGUUCAAUAUCCUUUGGUGAUCGCCACGAAGUAUAACAUCCCGUUCACAUUUCAGAAAUAUGGAUUCACGAAUUACGUGUUCGGAGAGAUAUAUGAUGUAGAUUCCAACAUGUUGAAGAGAUUGGACGAAUUGGAGGAACAUCCACAGUUUUACGAGCGAACGGAAGAAACAAUUUUGCUGACGCCGGAGGCUGCACUUAAGCCCGGAAAAACUUUCGAGGAAGUCAGCGAGUCGACGAAAGCCUGGAUAUACUUUCUGCCAAAGUUCAAGUCCUCCCUACUAGACGGUGCAAUGUAUACAUCUUACUCUAACAACGGAAGUCAUGGGCUGAAGUAUUGCGAGAAGUAUGUUCGCGAUCCGUCCUACGAUCACAGAAAAGAAGUGCUAUAAAUCAUUGCCGGCAACUUUUGUCUCUUUGCAGCUGCGAGGAGGCGUCGAGCCUCGAUGACGUUCUUUGAAUGUCCAAUUGGGUGCGCGGUUAUGAUGAGCGCUCUUUCUCAUAAUAGAUACCGUUAAUCCUUGUAAAUUCGAGGAAACUGACGGCAGAAAACAAUGAGUAAUUUAUAAGACUGUUUUCUAUAAUCCUACGCACAGUGGCAUAAAGUUAUAAGCUAUGUUUUUAAGAGGGAGUAACUUCAU